CUCCUCCGUCAGUCAACCACGUACAAAUUAUUGGAGACUCUAUCGAAGGAAAUACCGUCAGAGGAGCUGGGGAAUACUUUGGAGGACGAGAAGGUCCCAGCAAGUUUAAGUGGUUGCGUGAAAAUAAGGACUCGGGAGAAUUUGUAUUGGUGUCGACUGGUGCAACUGAGCAUACUUUAACAAAAGAAGAUGUUGGUCGGCGCUUGGCUUUUGUAUAUGUACCUGUGAAUUUUGAAGGGCAAGAAGGAAAAUCUAUGUUAGUAGUGUCUCAGAUUGUCAAGCAAGCUCCUCCAAAAGUGACAAAUGUGAAGAUAAUUGGUGAAGUAAGGGAGGGCAGUAAGGUUACUGUAACUGGUAUCGUCACUGGAGGAACAGAAGGAUCUAGCAGAGUUCAGUGGUUUAAAACAAAUUCUCCAAUGUUGGAUGGUGAGAAUGGUCUUGAAGCACUAAGCACAUCCAAAAUUGCAAAGGCUUUUCGCAUACCUUUAGGAGCUGUUGGCUGUCAUAUUGUUGCAAAAUUCACGCCAAUGACUCCAGAUGGUGAAUCUGGUGAACCAGUUUAUGCUAUAUCUGAAAAUGCAGUUGAAACUCUUCCCCCAAGCCUAAAUUUCUUAUCUUUAACUGGAGAUUACUCUGAAGGUGGAAUUCUGACAGCAUCAUAUGGGUACAUAGGGGGUCAUGAAGGAAAAAGUAUUUACAGUUGGUAUCUUCAUGAGGCUGAAACUGACUCGGGUACUUUAAUACCUGAGGUUUCAGGUCUUCUUCAGUAUCGUGUUACAAAAGAUGCUAUUGAUAAAUUCAUAUCUUUUACAUGUACCCCUGUACGUGAUGAUGGAAUAGUGGGUGAGUCCAGAACUUGCAAUGGGCAGGAGCGUGUACGUCCAGGUUAUGUUAGCCUGACAUUGAAAGCCCUAAUAAGUUCUCAUUCACUAUUUGGGAUAACAUACUUGUCUUCUGCAACUCUAAAGAAGAUGAGCGAUGAUGCGAUUAAUGAAGUCAUGGGUUGGGAACUUGUGAAUGAAGGGGAAUUGAAAGGGUAUAACAGCAAAGAGUUCGACAGUUCCGAGGGGUCUAGGGUGGUAGAAACACUACUCGAUGUUGGAGACCUAUUUGAUGAGCACAUAGCUUUUCCUAAUGAAGAGAAACUGGCAUCCGCUAAGUGCUCUAGCUCUUCUUUGGUGCAUUUCAGUAGUAGUUUCGGAUGGUGA